CAAUCCUCGACAUUUCUAACAUUUUAAGUUAGCCACUGCUUGGAAAUUGAAUUGAAUUGAACAUUUUAAGCUCAGUCAAGACUAAAAGUUGGUUUAUAUUCAAUAAAAUAUUUUUUAAGGAAACGCAUAUAACUUAAAGUCUUUGUGUUUAUUUAUUUUUGGGAUAAACUAAAGCGAAAAUGGGUGAACGAUACAACAUUCACAGCCAGUUAGAACAUCUUCAGAGUAAAUAUAUCGGCACAGGGCAUGCAGAUACUACAAAAUACGAGUGGUUAACAAAUCAACAUCGUGACUCGUGUUGUAGCUAUAUGGGACAUCCGGAUUUACUUAGCUACUUUGCAAUAGUUGAAAACGAGUCUAAGGCGCGAGUUAAAUUUAACCUUAUGGAAAAAAUGUUACAGCCUUGUGGACCACCUCCAGAAAAACCGGAAGACUAAUUAAGAUUCUAUGGUGGAUAAUUACU